AUGAGUGCCAUACAGAAAACCAAGGUGCCGCUCCCGGGCUCCAAACCCAAGUCAAAACCUCAGAACACCCCGUCGAAAGCGCAAUUAAGCCAGGAAUUUAUCGACAGCGACGAUGAUUCUCCCAGUAAGACCGCCGCGCAGUCCAAGAAGCCCGAGAAGCCGAAAGCCACCAUUGGCAUUCACGUGAACGGCGUACCCAAAGCGAAGUCCAAGCCUAGCAAGAAAGACGUACCUGCCCCCAAAUCAGCCUCGAAGUCGAAGGUUACGCCUAAGAAGCCUGCGCCCAAGCAAAUCGCGACACAGGAGGACGCCGAAGAAUUGUCAAGCUCAGAGAUAAGCGGCGACGACGCGCCGACUAGGGACAUACAGACGAAGCUCCCAGGUAACACGCAGAGCAAGAAAGCUUCGAGCGACAGCGACGACACCAGCAGCGGAGACAGCUCUAGCGACGACUCGGACACAGGCAACGCCCCGCAACCGACCCGCAAGUCGACCCAAACACAGCCGGCACCGCCAGUGCAACCACAAUCGCAUGCCGUUGAUUUCCGACCGACCCAGGCUUACGCACCACCCAAAGGAUUUGCUCCGGUCCCAGUCAACGACAGGACUAUCUCCAAGUCGACGGGCUUGUUCGAUAAUCUAGAAGGAAAGCAGAUAUGGCACAUCACUGCCCCCGCAGGUGUCUCGCUGAAGGACUUGAGCGAGCUCGCCAUGGACAAAGCUAUGAAAGGGGAUGCCGUACUGAGCUACAAGGGUACAGACUACGGUUUCUCUCAGACCGAGAGUGAAGAUGGCACCCGGGAGGUUCUAUUACCACGGAACAAUGGCAUGAGACCAGCCCCUACGCGGAUAUCUCAGACUUUACGCCUACGAUCGGUUGUACGACUCCCCUACCUUACCACAAAGCAAGCAGACCAAAACACGGGCUCAGAGGCGGCCGCCUCCAUAACACGAUCGACCAUUCGUGCACCACGACCACAAGUCACAGGACUGAAGAUGCGCUUCCUUCCCACCGGCUUCAGUGGUAACGACGCUGGGACUAUCGGUGAUUCCGACGACGAGACUGAGGUACCACAGGCGAUUGCUGGGCUUGCGAUGCCGAACGGACUUAAUUUACCCUCCAAAAAGCCGAAGAGGAAACACGCUGAUGUCAAUGGUGUUGAUGCACCUGAAGUGCCGGCGAAGAAGACCAAAAAGCAACGGGAUCCCGAGGAGAUCAAGAGGAAAGAGGAAAAGAAAGCAAGGAAAGAGAAGAAGCGUGCAAAGGAAGCGGCUACUGCCUGA